GGGGGGUUAGGAGAGAUUCUUUCGGAAGUUGCUAGUGCCUCCUGCCCUUUAAUCCUGAAAGUGUGAACCUAAAGCUGGUUUGAGUGGACCAGAUUUGCCCCCCCCCACCCACCAACCAAACCGCCUCAGAUCAGAAGAGGGGGGGGGUGGUGGAAGGACGGACAUGAUGACCGGCUGGGGGGGAAUGAACCUUCGGUAGUGGAAAUCUUAAUUUUUUUUGUAUAUACAGGAGCUGCAGGAUGAGAGAGAGAGAAAUAGCAGAAUAAAUUUGAACGGGAGCCAGGCGAAAGAGCGAAAUCUAAAUAAAUAAAUCCCCACCCCACCACCACCACCACCAGGACGAAGAGUUUGCGGUGCAGCUCCCGAGGACGGUUUGAGAAGGAAAGUAAAACGUACACAAAAAAGAGAGAAAAAAAACACACGCCGUCGGCCGAAGACCUGCGCUUGGAAGCGGGGGUGGAAAUUAUUUCGAGAAAGAUUAAAAGUAAAUUCGAUCGAUCUCGCUUCACUCGAGAGGGGGGAAGGGGAGGGAAAGAAAUCCCAUGCACUGAAGAGGAAAUCUCAGACAAGUCUGCGAGGAAAUAUAUACAAAUAUUCCGUCAGGAAGAGAAGGAAAAUCAUCGUCGUCGUCGUCGAGGAGACGGGUCGUAGGAAAUUUUUUUUUCUCGUUUCCCAUUAUGGCAAGUUAUAUUAUUUCAAAAUCCCCAACACACGACUGAAGUUUGUAGAGGAUUUAUCAUCAACAGCGAUCGAACAGACGGGGAUUCUCAUAUCUGCGUCGAUAAUCCUGAACAUUUUGUUCCGUGAUCACGAGUAGAACAGUUGUCGAACACACACAACAAAAAAAAGAUUUUUUUUUCAAUCAAUCCCACCCAUCCACGGUUUGUCUGGGACGCCGCCGGCGGCUUUUCUUUCCGCUGGAUUUUUUUUUUGUGCGGUGCGGGGAAAGAAAAAGAACCCCAGCAACAGUCGAGGAAUUAAAAGGAGGGAAAUAAUAAUUCUAUCUCCUGCGGGUGUGUGUGUGUUGUCUGAGCGGAGCGGGUGAGGAAUCCGGUCCGAUUAGGGCCAGCGGGCGGUUGUGAGCGCGAGCCCCGGGGGGGGCGCCCAGCAGACUUUCAAAUCGCGGCCUCCGCGAGGGCAUGAGACCGUCGCGAGCUGUCGGCGUGGCGCGGCCGGGCUGUCAGUAACCGCCGCGGCUCAACUGGGCCGAGCCGCACUGCCGACGUCCCCCCCAACCCCCUCUCCCUCGUCGUCGUCGUCGUGCAUUGAUUACUUCGCUUUCCCCCAAACCCCGGGUCGGAUAUGGCCGCUUCCGUAUGCCUGCUCUUCUUCGGGAUUCACGCCGCCUGGGUGAACGUCGUGGCCUGUGCCCAGAGUGGUGAGCGGCUUUGUGCCUUUAGAGAUUCAUAUUCCCGCUCUGAGCCUCAGGGCAUCAGUGAAGAACGUAUUAACCGGGACAACGGCACAGUCUUGUGUGAGAAGGGAAGUCAGUGUUAUGGACUGUGGGAAAAGAUGCAGGAUGGAGGGAUCCGCAUGAUGAAACAAGGCUGCUGGGCUCAUGUUGGUGACAAGGAGGACUGCUGCUCCCCAGAGUGUGUGGUGGUAAACCACAGACAAAAUGGGACCUUCCGCUUCUGCUGCUGUAGUACCGACAUGUGCAAUGUCAAUUUCACCGAGAACUUUGUCCCACUGCCUGACCCGACGGAAACAGUACCACCCAGUACUUGGAGACCGCACUAUAAGGAGGAGACAAUUGUAAUUGCGUUGGCAUCGGUAUCAGUUGUAGCUGUUCUGAUUGCAGCUUUCUUCUUUGGGUAUAGAAUGCUCGCAGGGGACAGGAAGCAUGGACUUCACAGCAUGAACAUGAUGGAGGCUGCACCUUCUGAAUCAUUCCUGGACUUGGACAGUCUAAAACUGCUUGAGGUGAUCGGGCGUGGUCGCUAUGGUGCAGUAUAUAAAGGGUCAUUGAAUGAACGCCCUGUUGCUGUGAAAAUCUUCAGUGCCUCAAACCGUCAGAACUACAUCAAUGAAAGAGACAUAUACAGGCUCCCGCUGAUGGAGCAUGAGAACAUAGCACGCUUCAUUGUUGGCGAGGAAAGAAUAUCGAGUGAUGGCAGAACAGAGUAUAUGCUGGUGAUGGAGUACUAUCCCAAUGGCUCGUUAUGCAAGUACCUGAGUCUACACAGCAAUGAUUGGGUUAGUUCCUGUCGGCUGGCACAUUCCAUCACCAAGGGCCUUGCUUACCUUCACACAGAACUGCUACGAGCUGAUCAGUAUAAGUCAGCCAUUACACAUCGGGACCUCAACAGCAGGAAUGUGCUGGUGAAGAAUGAUGGCACAUGUGCCAUCAGUGACUUUGGCCUUUCCAUGAAAUUGACUGGUAAUCGACUGGUUCGACCUGGGGAGGAGGAUACUGCAGCCAUCAGUGAGGUUGGCACAAUCCGUUACAUGGCACCUGAAGUGCUAGAGGGAGCUGUAAACCUGCGAGACUGUGCCUCUGCUCUCAAGCAGGUGGAUAUGUAUGCACUAGGCCUCAUCUACUGGGAAAUAUUUAUGAAGUGCACAGAUCUUUUCCCAGGAGAGUCAGUGCCUGAAUACCAGAUGGCUUUCCAGGCAGAGGUGGGGAACCAUCCUACUUUCGAGGAUAUGCAGCAUUUGGUCUCUCGGGAGAAGCAGCGACCCAAAUUUCCUGAAGCUUGGAAAGAGAACAGCCUGGCUGUUCGGUCACUGAAGGAAACAAUGGAUGACUGCUGGGACCAGGAUGCAGAGGCUCGGCUCACAGCUCAGUGUGCAGAAGAGAGAAUGGCAGAGCUAAUGGUUAUGUGGGAUCGAAACAAGUCUGUGAGUCCAACCGUUAAUCCUAUGUCACAGUUUACCACAACAGCUAUGCAGAACGAACGAAACCUUUCACACAGUCGGCGAGUGCCAAAGAUGGGACCCUACCCCGAUUAUUCCUCUUCCUCAUACAUUGAAGAUUCCCUUCACCAUUCUGAAGGCAUGGUAAAAAACAUCUCCACAGACAACUCCACAUCUGGAACCCCAUCGACUGCCAGUGAGAAGAACCGUAACUCCAUCAACUAUGAAAGGCAGCAGGCUCAGGCUCGUAUCCCUAGCCCGGAAACUAGUGUCACUAGUUUAUCAGCAACAACCACCACCACAAAUACUGCAGGCCUCACUCCCAGCACUGCCAUGUCCACCAUAUCAGAGACGCAAUACUCUGAGGACACUAACACCCAAGCAGGAAAUUUGCUGUCAUCCCUGGGCCCCACCCCAGUGUGUCUGCAGCUGACUGAAGAAGACCUUGAGACCAACAAGCUAGAUCCUAAGGAGGUGGACAAAAACCUCAAGGAGAGCUCAGAUGAAAAUUUGAUGGAGCACUCCCUGAAGCAGUUUAGUGGGCCAGAUCCUCUUAGCGGAAGCAACCCCAGUUUAUUGUACCCUCUAAUAAAGCUGGCAGCUGAAGUAACCGGGCACCAGGAUUUCUCACAGCCGAGCACCAGUCAGGUCUGCUUGAUCCCUGACAUCCCAGCCACUCAAAUGUACCCCCUACCCAAGCAACAGAACAUCCCCAAGAGACCUACUAGCCUUCCUCUCAACACCAAAAAUGUGUCGAAGGAAUCGCGGCUGAAGUUUGGCGGUAAGCACAAGUCCAAUCUCAAGCAGGUGGAGACUGGGGUGGCAAAAAUGAAUACCAUAAAUGCAGGUGAGCCCCAAGUAGUAACUGUCACAGCAAAUGGCAUCGCUGGAAGAUGCCAUGCAGGGAACCCACAUCCAGUGGUCAAGCAAUAUGUUAAUGGCUCAGUGUCCAGUCCUCAGACGUCCAAUUCAUCAAGUCACCGGAGCCACGAGAUCCUCCAGUCCCAGUUUAGUGGCGAGGACAGCAGAGUGAACAUAAACUCCAGCCCAGAUGAGCAUGAGCCACUCCUGAGGAGGGAGCAACAGGCCACACGUGAUGACGUUAUUGUCGAGCGGCUAAUGGACAGGAGAGACCGACCACUUGAUCAGGGGAGGACAAACUCCAACAAUAAUAACAGCAAUCAGUGCACGGUGGCAGAGGGAGCACUGACCGACAGCCAGGAUGACCAAACGGUACCAGUAGCACGGCGACAAGGGAGGAGAGCUGAGCGGCCGAACUCGCUCGAUCUUUCAUCAGCCAAUGUUUUGGACAGCUGUAGUAUACAAUGUGAGACGACGCAGGAGAAUAAGCAAGCCUCCUCUGGAGACAAGAUCAAAAAGCGAGUUAAAACUCCAUAUUCCCUAAAGAGAUGGCGACCUUCUACGUGGGUCAUUUCAACAGAACCCAUUGAUGGUGAGGUCAACAACAACAGUGGUGCAGUGGGGCGCUCAAAAUCCAGCACCACCGUUUACCUAGUCGAGGGUGGCAGCGGGGUCACUGCCACAGCAACAGUUGGCAGAGAAACAGGAGUGAACUGCCUGUGAAUCCUUGACUUUUACUUUAUACUUAGUAAUGAGAAAGAGAGAAGAAACAAAUCUGAAGGGACAGCUAUUCCACCCUUGACUCCCCACCCGACUGCCCUUUCCCCAAUCAAGACUUGCUUUAGAGAUCAGCUAUGCAGCAGAAGCUUAGAAUAUCUAAUAUUUGAGAGCUUUUUUUGUUUGUUAUUUUCCCUUUUGUUGCACUUUUUUUGGAAAGGAAAUGAGUUAAUCUUUAAGUGAUGCCUACCCAGAGGCAAGCACUGUGUCUUACGGGGGUUUCGAUAAAAUAAGCAGCACACAACUUGUCAAUGCUCAUUAGCAGUCAGCUGCCCCUCUUGCUGUGAGCGUAUAAAUGGUUCCUCAAGGCAUAUUUAACUCAUGCUGAACAAUGUGGCAAACUUGUUUUCUUUUGUCUUUCCUUUGAUGCCAAUUCCACAGCUAUUCUGAUUCUGUCACUGGAUUAUGAAACAUACAAUACCCUUUUUUAAAAAAAAAAUUGUUGGAAUGUGCAAUAGGCUUAGCUUAGUAAUGCUUUUGAAAAAAGAUAAUUAUUAUUUAAAACUUGCGUCUCUGUAUAUCACUAAAGGUUGCUGGUAGUGCAUGGGCUGGUGGUGAUCUUGUUUCUCUUCGCUCUCUCUCCCCUAAUCCCCAUUUCUGCUGGAAACCUUUGCUGGUACAGCAUGCGUGGUCCCCAGUGUGGAAAAAUGGUGGCACAUAUCUCCCUUCCGUGUUUGUAAAAUUCCCAUUAGCCUUUCAGCCGUCAGGUAUCUGACCCAUCAGUUCACGGCUAAUAAUAAUGGGUCAUGCACUUAAACUCAAAACAAGAACGUAAAAUCCCGUACUAAAGUUGUGUUUGAUAAUGGUGCUACAUCUCUUUUGAAGCUUUAGUGCUGGAUACAUUCCCUCAGCACCAAUUUUAUUUUGCGCCAUCUUCUCAUGCCUUAUUGAGAGGGUUGAUCUGGCAAACUGGGCGAUGUGCUAAGGUAGAUGCUAGUGUUUCUUCUCUGGUGCAUGGGAACAAAUCCAGUUCUGGAUCUCCUCUUCAAAUUUUCCAAGAAGUCAGUCUCUUUCAAUACAGUUCAUAGUUGUCUUGGACUUACUGUACAAAAUUGUCCCUAAUUGACACUAAACUUAAAACCUCACACAAAGGGCCAUACUGUGACUGAUGUGGAACCCAGGAAAAAAGUCUCUGUUGUAGUAGGGGCAUGUUGCAACUGUGUCAUGCACUUAGAACAGAGAGGAGAGGAGAGUAGGUUAAAGCACAGUCUAUAUCUAAGGCAUACUGUGCCUGCCUUGGAGCACUUGAAAGGUCAGUGUGUUUUUCCCAUAUCUUUGUGGACCUUAUGAGCAUUUAGUCCUGACAAUGGGUGCCCGGAGUGGAAAACGUUCCUUUUGUACAGCACUCAGUCCUUGCCUUGAAAAGUUCACUGAGUUCAUAAAAAUUGUUUUUUAAAAGAUGGUGGCAUUCAGCUGGCCUAAUUCAAGAUCAAAGUUUAAAAGGAACUUGCUGCUUUCAGUUCUGCUGAGCUACAGCCUACACUACACCCUUCUACCUUUGGUUUUUACAAAAAAGAGAGGGAAAGGGGAAAGACUCUUUCCUUGCUAUGAGAUCUCUGUUUGAAGCUUGCUGUGCUAAUUUAGUUGCUUGCUUUAAACCUUGAUGCUGUGGCUUCUCCGAAUCUGGUUUAGAAUAUCACUGACCAUUUGGUUGUGUUGCGUCAGUGACGGACUGGAGCAU